AACUCCAGAGUAAAGGACCGCUAGCCAGGCUGCUACGCUUUUGCUUUUUUAGCGCUGCUCUAUUCCGCUGUGAGAGCAGGACGGAUCUCCGGAUCCUCUGGAACAUUUCUACGGAUAUUUUUAAAGCCAACAAGUCGGGGUUUUUUUUGUUAUGUUUUUUUAAAGUACUGUUUGCACCACAAGUGCUGGAUUAACGUUUACAAGAAAAACAAAACCAGAAAAAACCCUCGAGAGCCUUUGGGAAGCCCGUGACCCCGCUGGAUGUCUGCGCCGCGCUGCUGGACCGAGUGGCUUAGCUAACACCGCGCACACAGAUCCGGUUUCUGCGCCUGUUUUACUCAUUACCUCUUCUUUUUUUCCCUUUGGGGUGUUUUUAAUAAGUUUAUCAGACUCCUGCGUCGAAAAGAAAACAAAGAGAAGUGUUUAAAGAUGUCUGUUGCGGGCUUAAAGAAGCAGUUUUACAAAGCAAGCCAGAUGGUGAGCGAGAAGGUCGGUGGAGCAGAAGGAACCAAGCUGGAUGAAGAAUUCAGAGACCUGGAGAAAAAAGUGGACGUGACCAGCAAAGCCGUGGUGGAGGUCAUCUCCAAAACCUCAGAGUACCUGCAGCCCAACCCGGCGUCUCGUGCCAAGCUCUCCAUGUUGAACACCAUGUCCAAGAUCCGUGGGCAGGUGAAGAGCCCCGGAUACCCGCAGGCAGAGGGGCUGCUGGGAGAGUGCAUGGCCAAAUACGGCCGUGACCUCGGAGAGGACACUAACUUUGGAGCGGCGCUGAUCGACGCUGGUGAGACUAUGAAGAGACUGGCCGAGGUGAAGGACUCACUGGACAUCGAUGUCAAGCAGAACUUCAUCGACCCUCUACAAGGCCUGUGUGACAAAGACCUGAGAGAGAUCCAGCAUCAUUUGAAGAAGCUGGAAGGUCGUCGGCUGGAUUACGACUACAAGAAAAAGCGGCUGGGAAAAAUCCCAGACGAUGAGGUGAAGCAGGCACUGGAGAAGUUCCACGAGUCCAAAGAGGUGGCGGAGAUCAGCAUGUACAACCUGCUGGAGACUGACAUCGAACAGGUGAGCCAGCUUUCGUCACUGGUGGAGGCGCAGCUACAGUACCACAGACAAGCUGUACUGAUUCUUGAAGAGCUCUCUGACAAACUGAAAGACAGGAUUCUCGAGGCUCAAUCUCGUCCCCGCAAAGAGUACAUCCCCAAACCCAAACCCGUCUUCGACUUUGGAGAAACCAACGAGCAGUCCAACGGAGGCUUCACGCCCGUUUCUGCUCCUCCACCCAUCAGGACCACGGAUCAGUUGUUCAAGCGCAGCAGGUCAGCGUGGAAACCCAGACCGACUCCAGCAGAUCAGGCAUGCUGUAAAGCCCUGUAUGACUUCGAUCCAGAGAACGAGGGCGAGCUGGGCUUCCGCGAGGGCGACAUCAUCACCCUGACCAGCCAAAUCGACGAGAACUGGUUCGAGGGCACGCUGCGCGGCCAGUCGGGAUUCUUCCCUUGUAACUAUGUCGAGGUGAUCGUCCCACUGUCGCGCUAAACCUCCGUGACAGAGAGAGAGAGAGAGAGCACGAAAGAGGGGUUUUACGGAGGGAUUUUCAACCAUGUCAGCACCUGAACUCUGGCACUUUGACCUCUUAUGAAGGAAAGAACUUUUUCUUCUCACAUUCCAGAAGAAGAAACGAAGGACUGAUUACGAACGACUGAUGACUGCGACUUUUUAACCCUGUAGAAGAAGUCGGACAGACUAACACGACUUUAACCGUAUAUAUAACCUUCGCCGAACUGACCGUUAAAUGUGACAUCUCAAAAUUCAAAGUCUCAGCCACCUCACGGCUUGGCACAGGAGUGUGACCAUAUCUAUUCAUUAUCGUGAUCGGAAAAGUUUUCAAACUUAUUUUAAAAGCCUGUAAGCACGUUUUAAAGCACUGAAAUAGAAAGAUCUUGAAAGAUUGAAUGUAUCGGGAAUCUCUGAAAACGUCUUCCAUGUCACACUUUCGCCACAUCGUCCACUCGCAGAUCUCAUCCUUAAAGCUACACUAAGGAACCAGGAAUUACCAAAAAUAAAUAAUCAUCACACUCUGUUUAACUAAAAGUUCCAUUAGUGUCUCUUUAAGGGCAGAGAUUCCCAUAAUCCAAUCCAGGACCAGUGCCAAUUAAAAAAAAAGAAAGAAAGAAACUGCGGGUAGUUUCCUACUGUACACUGUCCUGAGGCAAAAAAACAAACAAAAAUGGACUGACCCGACGUCUCCUGACUGCCCCCUGCUGGUCAGGAUGUGAUCUUACGGACUGUUUGGACAUUGACUCUGCACUGUGGGCUGCGCGUGUUACAGCUGCUCAGUGUGUAGCGUUCCUGAGCCACACACACACACACACACACUCACACACACAAGUACAGGAGCUUCAUAUACAACUCUCAGAUAGAUAUAUAAAAGUGGUUUUGUAUUCGCUUUAGUUUAACGUAGUGACAUAAGGUGUGAACGCUCCUCCUUCUCCCGAGCUUUAGAUUAACAGAAGGGAUUGGAGCUGAUGAAGCUCCAAUUGGGAUUGGGAUUGGAGAGAUGAAGGACGCUGUAGAGUAGAAGCGCACGCUUUAGUGAUUUUACCCAUCCUAUUUUCUCCAGACUAUAAGUAUGUUAGAAUUUAUGCGUUAACCGUAAUAGAUUUAGAUUUAAGAAACAAAUUACAUGAAUUGAAUCUUGAUCGUUCCAGAAAAGCAGAUGUUUUACUUCACACCAUGGAGAUCAUGUGAAAUUGAUAGACAAGGUCAAAAAUCUAUUUUUUGGACAGAGCUCUGAAUUUCCACUCCAGGUUUUACUACAUGAAUUAUAAUAAAUUAAUUCUAUAAGUUUUCAUACAGCCGCUCAAAUAUUCACAUAUUCACGACUCAAGGUGAUAUUUUAUUUCUAACCUCGAUUUAUUUGUCCUCCCCAGAAACGCUUCUAAGCCCACAUUAUAAGCCUGCUUUGACACAAAGACAAUUAUUCACCAUAAUAUAAAACUCUAAAGUUAAAAAUGAGUAAAAGCUUCAACUCGAGGAACAAUUCUGCGCUGAGUUACAGCAACACUCACAGAGAAAUUACUGAACUCGACCAGUAGAUGGUGCCAAAGCGCUGUUUUUCGAGGCAGCACUAAAGAUAUGCGCCUUAAAAAGCAGCAUAUUGCGGCGUGGUUAUAGUCUGGAAAAUACACCACAGUUUCUUGUGAUAAAGGUGAUGGACGGAUAAGUGGACGAACUGGGGGAAAAACACACUAAACCGUGUGGCUUCGCUCAUCUCUGCAUGACAGCAAGGGAUUAAUAUAAGAACCGUGCGUACAGAACAUAUGUUGCUGCGUUCACCGUCUGACCCGUUUCAAACACUACACCAUCCCUUCUCCUGUGAAAGAAUCGAACAGAUCCGAACUUCCUUUCAUCGUGAGGAGUAAGAUCGCCACACUACAGUGACGUUUGAGAGUUAAUGUGACUGCGCGCUUGUAGGAAAACGGCCAAAAAUCCGCUCUGCGCUACCGCAGUGUACAGGAUGUGCUCGGCUUUAACGUGCUGCCUGCUUUUAGCUUCUGUUAUCUCUGUAUAUGAUACUGCUGGCGGUGUCCUGCUGUUACACACACACACACUUCCACACGGAAGCCCUGAAACGCUUCGAAGGUGGUCAUUAUUUGAGUGUAGCAGCUCAGUAGCUCAGUUAUUUCCAGACAACAUGUUUUUGUCGUUUUAACUUCAGACCGUUGUUGAAUUCCGUUUCAGCUCGUGCAAUAUGGUGGAUUCUUCAAUCGUCUCUACACAUUUAUGUCUACUAAAUCUCCAGACCUGACGACCUUUAUGUGAAAGUGCGCUACAAGAACCCGCGACCUGUCACUCGAAAUAUACCAUUAGAUUAAAAAAAAGUGCUACAAGAACGUAGAAACUUUCUGAUAUCAACAGAGACAUGCUGCCUGGAAGCCCCACCCCCUCAUCAUUAAUACGCUCAUUAAUAUUAAAUAAAUUACGUCACCGUACUCUUGUUAGGUUCCACUUACACACAAGGAUGUAAAAAGAGUUAUGUAAAAACUGAAGUGAAAAGUGGACUGGCCAGUGGUCAGACACUUCAGAUUCGUUCAGGAGGAGCCAAAAUAUCAGCCAUGUGGACAGUAGACAAUUAAUAAACAAUUUUUAGACAAUUGAUAACCAGGGUUUUUUAACUUGUUUACUGAGCAGUGAUGCAGAAAUUCUCCAUAUUAUUACUCUCCUUUAACCUGACCUGAUGGAAAGACUUGUGUUUUUUUCCUGUCUUUUCUUUACUCUGUCCGUUCUGUGUAACUAAAUCAAACAAGAAGGACAAAAAAAAGUCCAGUGAAGUGCCAAAAUAGUGUUAUUGGAAAUAAAUAAAUAAAUAAAAAAUAGACAAUAAAAAUGAUUAUACUGAGUGAAAAAAAUAACGACGUGGACCGUCCAGGAUCGUGGCUUCCGUAACCAUCUAUCUAGAUGGAUGGCACAGAUUUCAGACUUGUUAUUGAUGUUGACGUGUGUGAUGACGUGAUGUGUGUGUGUGUGUGUGUGUGUGCUGCUUUAUGGUCAAGGCUGCGAAAUGCUAAGCCUCAACCUCGAUACGUCUCGCAUGCUAGUCCUGCGUGUUUAAAUGGCUUGCCCGGGUUCACGUUUUUCUUUGUCCUGUUUACAGCGCGCGCGUGUGUGUGUGAGUGAGUGAGUGAGAGAGAGAGAGAGAGAGAUAUUCCUAUUCGAUAUAAAAUGAAGGAUGAGAAGAAGAAAAAAAUAAAACGUUUGUGUGCCUUGAGGACGAGAAAGCUAGGACACCGAACGAAUUCCCAUCAGUUCCCCUUCCGUUCCCUCGUUACCGUGUCAAAGGGCUCGCUGUGUGUCCGGCUUCGGCAUGAGCUGUGUGCAGACGUACAAGCAUGAGUACAGAUGUGCCUUCGCAGCAACACUACAGUUUAAAAAAGAAAAAAUAAAUGAAAUAAAGGAGUUAUUUUUUUCCCGUCUAAUCCAGCAGAGUGCCAGAAUUAUUUUACACACUUAAAAAAAAAAAUUCUGGUAGUCUUCUUUAGUAUGAUAUUAUUUUUCUAUGUACACAUCUGUUUUUAUUUGCAUGUUAGCUCUAUAUGAUAGCUUGCUAAUGUAUGGUUUAGUUUGUUUUAAAUAAAUAAAAAUCUGGUUUGUCUUGAAGGAAAAAAAAAACUAACUAUUCUGUUCUUCCUGAAUAUCCUGUAAACCUGAAUAUUUGUACCUGCUUUCUCCCCAUCUUUUACGUAAAUAAACGUGUAAAAUCCUG